GGAAAAAGAGAGGAAGCCUGGGAAAAAGCGGCACACGUGCGGCCGGUAGCAGCAUUAAAUUAAUGGACACCAAGAGGAAAUUUAUUGGUAAAGGUGGAAAAACUGGGCGUGGUAAAAAGAAGUUUACAAAGAAUAAUGAUCCUGGUCAUCCAAAGAGAGUCAUUAGAAAAAAUGAAGAUAUCAAACCCAAAUUUAAAUCUAAGAAAAUUGAAAAAGGAAGUAAAAAACCUGAUAAAACUGGCGUGAAACAUUGGAAAAGUAAGCAACUGUCAGGGAAUGUUUCCAGAAAGCGCAAGCUUCAAGGUGAAACAGAAGGCUCACAAACUAAAAAGCCUAAGUGGGCUGACAUCAAGAAGAAAAAGAAGGAGCUAAAACAGAGCCGUCAGCUGAGUGACAAGGCCAAUUAUGACAUAAUUAUUAAAGGAAAACAAAUUUGGGAAACUCUGCGGCGAAAAAACUGUGACAAGGAAAAACGCAAGAAGCUGUUGAGUGAUCUUCAGAAGUUACUUCAUGGAAAAAUUAAAGAUAUGGCAUUUGCUCAUGAUUCCACACGUGUCAUUCAGUGUUAUAUUCAGUUCGGCAAUGAAAAACAAAGGCAAGAAGUAUUUGAAGAAUUAAAAGAAAGCUUCACAGAAUUAAGUAAGUCCAAGUAUUCUAGAAACAUUGUGAAGAAACUUCUCAUGUAUGGAACAAAGCCACAAAUUGGAGAAAUAAUCAAAAGUUUUAAAGGUCAGGUUAAAAAGAUGUUACGGCAUGCUGAAGCAUCUGCAGUGGUGGAAUAUGCCUACAAUGAUAAAGCCAUUCUUGAGCAGCGGAACAUGUUGACAGAGGAGCUUUACGGUAAUACCUUCCAGGUCUAUAAGACAGCAGAUCAAUCAACCUUGGGUCAAGUCCUAGAGAUUCAGCCUGAAAAGCGAGAAGCCAUUAUGGAUGAGAUGAAACAGAUCCUUACUCCAAUGGCUCAAAAAGAAGCUGUAAUAAAGCAUUCAUUGGUACAUAAAGUUUUUUUGGACUAUUUUACUUACUCUCUCCCUAAACAGAGAUCUGAAAUGAUUGAAGCAAUUAGAGAAGCUGUUAUUUACUUGGCACACACCCAUGAUGGCGCCAGAGUAGCCAUGCAUUGCUUGUGGCAUGGGACUCCCAAGGACAGAAAAGUGAUUGUAAAAACAAUGAAGACAUAUGUUGAAAAAAUAGCUACAGGUGAAUUUUCACAUUUGGUUUUGCUGGCAGCAUUUGACUGCAUUGAUGAUACUAAGCUUGUGAAACAAUUGAUUCUAUCUGAAUUGAAUGGUAAUUUAGCCACUGUUAUAAACAACAAAUAUGGAAGGAAAGUCCUGCUGUAUUUAUUGAGUCCACGGGACCCAACGUAUUUUUCCCCGGCAAUAAUCAAAAUCCUGCAACAGGGGGAUGAAAAUGCUCACAGUAAAAAGGAUGCAGAUGUUCGCCAUAAAGAGCUUCUGGAAGCCAUUUCCCCUCCCUUAUUACAGCACCUGGGUGCACACGCUGAAGAAAUGGUGAUGGACAAAGCUGCAUUCAUUGUAGUGACAGGCAUCCUCAAGGCCGCUGUCGGUGAUGUCCAGCCCGCAAUGAAAGCCAUCUCUGCUCUUGCUGCAAGAAAGUUGAUUCCGGGGGGACAAGAUGGACAGCUUCACAUUGCUGAACAUCCAGCCGGUCAUUUGGUGCUUAAGUGGCUAAUAGAGCAAGAUGAGAAGAUGAGUCAAUCUGGCAGAGAAGGGUGUUUUGCAAGAAUCCUGAUAGAACAUGUGGAAAUUGACCUUCUAAAGACCUGGGUGGAUGUGAAUCGUGGUGCAAUUAUUCUCUGCCGUCUUCUUCAGAGCUCUGAUCAAGAAGUUGCAACACAAGUCAAAGAUGGACUAAAGAGUGUUAUUCCAAAGCUAAAAAGGACUAAAGACUGUACAGCAGCAGCAAAGGCAUUGCUGGAGAAAUUAUUAUCCUAAUUUAAUCAUUAUUCAGUUCCUCUAUGAGAGGGGUAUCAAACUCAAGGCUUGUGGGCCAAGUCUGGCCUGCGGGGGGCUUAGAUCUGAUCCGUGGGGCCACCCUGGAAACAGCGAGGGACUGGCCUUCAGUGUCUCUGCCAGCAAAAAUGAAGCUCAGGCGGGCCACGUGAGGCACACCUGAGCUCCAGCUUUACUGCCAGAGGGUUGCAGGAGGCCAUCGCAGCCGGAAACGGAGCUGGGGGGGCGUUUUCGCUGGCAGAGCACUCAAGCUGCCACAGGCAUGAGUGACGUCAACCUGGCCCCGCACCCCCUGCCCCCCCCCCCCCAAGGACAAACACAACCCUGAUGUGGCCUUCAAUUAGAGUUUGACACCCCUGCUCUGUGACAACUAGACACCUUUUUCAAAGAAAUGGAAAAAAAUAGAUUUUGGACAGUGUUGGGUUAACUUUAAAACAAUUACACAAUUUGUCAAUAAAUU